AUGGAUGGCAAACUAGACAGUGAUGUGCAUUAUAUGACUUUAACACCCGUAUUAGGGAUAGUGUGCGAUAUGAAAAAUGAGGGUGUAAGUCAAAGCCACAAUGACCAUGUAUGCAGUACAUGGGGAAAUUACCACUUCAAAACAUUUGAUGGGGAUGUCUUCCAGUUUCCUGGAACUUGCAACUAUGUUUUUGCUUCCCACUGUGGAGGAACAUUUGAAGAGUUUAACAUUCAGAUAAGGCGUAUGGUUUUGAAUGGCCACCCAGUGAUAAAAUAUGUUCAGAUGAAGAUUGAAGGUGUAAUUGCCAAACUGAGUAACUCAUAUGUUGAAGUUAAUGGAAUCCAGGUCCAGUUGCCAUACAGUUUUUCUGGACUUCGGAUUGUAAAGCAAAGCAACUACAUCAGAGUUUAUGCAAAACUGGGACUGAGCAUUCUGUGGAAUGAAGAUGAUGCUCUGCAGCUGGAACUGAGCUCCCGGUAUAUGAAUCAAACAUGCGGACUCUGUGGUGAUUAUAAUGGUAUUCCAGUAUAUAAUGAAUUCAUUGUGAAUGGUAUUAUGGUAACUCCCAUUCAGUUUGGGAAUCUCCAGAAGUUUGAUGACCCAACAGAGCUGUGUGAUGACACUCAACCAUCUUCAGCUGGAAACUGCACUAGGCUGGAACCUAUGUGUGAGCAAGUCCUGACCAGUCAAGCAUUUCAUGACUGUAACACAAAAUUGGCUAUAGACCCUUUUAUUCAGACAUGUGCUGCAGACAUGUGCAGUUGUAAAGAUGCAACCAAUUCUUUCUGCAUGUGCAGUACAUUUGCAGAAUAUUCCAGGCAGUGUGCACAUGUUGGAGGACAACCAGGAAUGUGGAGGACCCCUAACUUUUGUGCUCAAAAAUGCCCACAAAAUAUGAUAUACAUGGAAUGUGCAAUCCCUUGUACUGAUUCCUGUUCCAACCUUGAGCGAAGUCAGCUGUGUGAGGAUCAUUGCAUUGAUGGGUGCUUUUGUCCUCCUGGAACUGUUCUUGAUGAUAUCAACAAUAAGGGAUGCAUUCCCAUAUCAGAAUGUUCCUGUACAUAUGCAGGAAAAACGUAUGCACCAGGAGAAUCUCACUCGAGCAAAUGCCAUGAAUGUGUGUGCAAAGGUGGACAGUGGUCAUGCAAGAACUUGCAGUGCCCGGGAACAUGUUCGAUAGAAGGAGGAUCUCACUUUACCACAUAUGAUGGGAAGCAUUUCACAUUCCAUGGUGACUGCAACUAUGUUCUCUCAAAGGAUUGUAAUAACAACAGCUUUGCAGUACUGGCUUCUGUAGUUGUAUGCGGAGUCACAAACACAGAAACAUGCUUAAAGGCUAUCACGUUAAGCAUUGGAGGAGGACACACAGUCGUCAUGCUGAAAUCUGAUGGGAAUGUUUUCCUUGAUGGAUUAUAUGCCCAGCUACCUUUAUCCACAGCCAAUGUUAUUAUCUUCAAACCUUCCACAUUCUACAUCAUUGUUCAGACAAACUUUGGAAUGCAACUCCAGAUACAGCUUGUACCACUAAUGCAAGUUUAUGUCAGUUUGGAUGCUUCUUUCAAGGGACUGACCUGUGGUUUGUGUGGAAACUAUAAUGACGUUCGAGCAGAUGAUUUUGUAACAAUAUCUGGAGUUGUCGAAGGAACAGCUGUUGCCUUUGCUAAUACAUGGAAGACUCAAGCUAGCUGCCCUGAUAUCAAAACUAGUUAUGAGAACCCCUGUUCACUCAGUGUGGAAAAUGAACGCUAUGCACAAUACUGGUGUUCUAUGUUGUCUGAUACUAAAGGACCUUUUGCUAGAUGUCACUCCACAGUAAACCCUGCUUUAUAUGUAACGAAAUGCAUGUUUGACAGCUGUAAUUGUGAGAAAAGUGAGGACUGCAUGUGUGCAGCCUUAUCCUCCUAUGUGAGAGCCUGUGCAAGGGAAGGGAUCACCUUGGAGAACUGGCGCAAUACUGUCUGCAGUAAAUAUAUGAACUGCCCAGCAACUAUGUCAUACAUGUACGCUAUAAAUUCCUGCCAACAUACAUGCCAGUUACUCAGUGAACCAGACCCUUCAUGUCAGGUACAGUUUGUGCCAGUAGAUGGCUGCGCUUGUGCAAAGGGAACCUUUAUGGAUGCUUCUGGAAAAUGUGUAGCACCAACAAGCUGUCCAUGCUACUACAAGGGAAUGGUGGUGCCCAUCGGUGAAAUCGUAUAUGAGAAUGGUGGCAUGUGUUCAUGUCAGAAAGGAAUGCUACAGUGCCUUAGAAAAGAUAACAUCAUAAAAGCCUGCUCUCCUCCAAUGAAAUUUAUUGAUUGUACAAAUGCAACAUCAGGAAGUAAGGGUUCUGAGUGCCAAAAGAGCUGUAAAACCCUUGAUAUGGCAUGUUAUAGCACAGGCUGUGUCUCAGGCUGUGUAUGUCCACGUGGGCUUGUUGUUGAUGAGCAAGGGAACUGUAUACCUGAAGAUGAGUGCCCUUGUGUCCACAACGGGCAGCUCUAUGCACCAGGGGAGACAGUCGCAAUGUCCUGCAAUGCAUGUGCCUGCAAAAACAGAACAUGGACAUGCACAAAUAAUGACUGCCAUGCAACUUGCAGUAUAUUUGGGGAAGGGCACUAUGUUUCAUUUGAUGGUCAGCGAUUUGAGUUCACUGGAGACUGUGAAUAUAUUCUGACACAGGACUUUUGCAGCAAUACUGCAGGAAAUGGAACCUUUAGAGUUAUCUCUGAGAAUAUCCCAUGUGGAACAACUGGGACAACCUGUUCAAAAGCCAUCAGACUUUACUUGGGGAACAAUGAAUUAAGGCUGUCAGAAGGUAACUAUGAAGUGUUACAGAAAGACUCUUCUGCAGCUGUACCCUGUAAGAUAUAUCAUAUGGGUAUCUUCCUGGUUAUAGAAGCUAAUAAUGGACUAAUCCUUAUGUGGGAUAAAAAGACCAGCAUCUUUAUUAAAAUCAGCCCAACAUUUAAGGGAAAAGUGUGUGGCUUGUGUGGGAACUACGAUGGCAGAGGAAGUGAUGAUUUCACCACCAGGGGGCAGUCUCUAGUAGUCAGUGUUCAAGAAUUUGGCAAUAGUUGGAAAGUUUCACCUUCCUGUCCAGAUUCCAUUGCAAGCAAGGAUCCCUGCAGAACCAAUCCCUACAGGAAGUCCUGGGCUCAGAGACAAUGCAGCAUUAUAACAAGUGCUGUUUUUCUACCUUGCCAUCCUCAGGUGGACCCCUCACCAUACUAUGACUCCUGUGUCCAUGAUGCAUGUGCCUGUGACAGUGGCGGAGACUGUGAAUGUUUCUGCACCGCUGUAGCUGCCUACGCUGCUGCCUGUAAUGAAGCUGGUACUUGUGUUGUUUGGAGAACUCCUGAAAUGUGUCCUCUCUUCUGUGAUUAUUACAAUACCCCAGGAGCAUGUGACUGGCAUUAUCAACCAUGUGGUGCACCUUGCAUGAAGACAUGUAAAAAUCCAAGUGGACUUUGUUCAGGCCAGAUUCCUGGGUUAGAAGGUUGCUACCCAGCCUGUUCAGAUGAAGAAUAUUUUGAUGAGGACAUGAUGUACUGUGUACCUUUCGAGCAGUGUGGCUGUUACGAUGAAAGUGGAAAUCGCUAUGGAAAGGGAGAAGUGGUGCCAUCCAAAAUUAACUGUGAAUUCUGUUAUAUACCAUGUGAUCUGACAUCUAUCUCACCAAUAACGUUGACAUUUUCUACCACAUCUAUUGAAUCAAAAUUAUCAACCACAGCAUAUGCAUCCACAUUGUUUGUCAGCCCCAGCGGAAAAGCUACAGUUUCGAAAUAUUCAACUGUAGAAAGAACAAGUGUCAAAGAAGAAACUUCUGUAAAGCCAACCAUUUCAUUCACUGCAACAGAGCCUAAAAGUACAAGGUAUGUAAGUUCUACAACUGAAUCAGUAUCUAUGAAAUCUAUCAAGACAACUGAGAAAGAAAUAAAAGGGUCAACAGAAGUGUAUAGAACAACACCUGAACUGACUACAAUGCAUGGUAAAACAAAUACACCUGAAAAAACUGAAAAGACAGAAGAAACAACACAUAUCAAACAAUUUACAUCAACUUCCGGAAUAGAAUUAAAAACAACCUCCACACAUAUAUCCCAGCCUACUGUUAAAUCUACACCAGCUGAGACAAUGAUUAAAUCAACGGUCAAGCAAAUAGUCUCACCUGUAAUUACAACAAGCCAUGCAGAGAAAACUACUUCUGAAAAACAUUUCGAGACUUCUACCACAAAAGAGGUCAAAACAAGUUUCACACGAAGCACUUCUCCACAGAUCACUGUAACACCUAAACUUACGUCAGUGUAUACUGAAACAACUAAGCAUGGACAGUUUAUAUCUACAACACCAGCAUUGAAAACAACCAUCAUUACAAGUACUACACCUGAAAAAACUGAAAAGACAGAAGUAACAACACGUAUCAAACAAUUUACAUCAACUUCUGGAAUGGAAUUAAAAACAACCUCCGCACAUAUAUCCCAGCCAACUGUGAAAUCUACACCAGCUGAGACAAUGUUUAAAUCAACGGUCAAGCAAACAGUCUCACCGGCAAUCACAACAAGCCAUGCAGAGAAAACUACUUCUGAAAAACAUUUAGAGAUUUCUACCACAAAAGAGGUCAAAACAAGUUUCACAAGAAGCACUUCUCCACAGAUCACUGUAACACCUAAACUGACGUCAGUGUAUACUGAAACAACUAAGCAUGCACAGUUUAUAUCUACAACACCAACAUUGAAAACAACCAUCAUUACACAUUCUACACCUGAAAAAACUGAAAAGACAGAAGUAACAACACGCAUCAAACAAUUUACAUCAACUUCUGGAAUGGAAUUAAAAACAACCUCCGCACAUAUAUCCCAGCCAACUGUGAAAUCUACACCAGCUGAGACAAUGUUUAAAUCAACGGUCAAGCAAACAGUCUCACCUGCAAUUACAACAAGCCAUGCAGAGAAAACUACUUCUGAAAAAUAUUUAGAGACUUCUACCACAAAAGAGGUGAAAACAAGUUUCACAAAAAGCACUUCUCCACAGAUCACCAUAACACCUAAACUGAUGUCAGUGUAUACUGAAACAACUAAGCAUGGACAGUUUGUAUCUACAACGCCAGCACUGAAAACGACUAUCAUUAUGCGUACUACACCUGAAAAAACUAAAAAGACAGAAGUAACAACACCAAUCAAGCCAUUUACAUCAACUUCUGGAAUGGAAUUAAAAACAACAUCCGCGCGUAUAUCCCAGCCUACUGUUAAAUCUACACCAGCUGAGACAAUGUUUAAAUCAACAGUCAAGCAAACAGUUUCACCUGUAAUUACAACAAGCCAUGCAGAGAAAACUACUUCUGAAAAACAUUUACAGACUUCUACUACAAAAGAGGUCAAAACAAGUUUCACACGAAGCACAUCUCCACAGAUCACCAUAACACCUAAACUGACUUCAAUGUAUACUGAAACAACUAAGCAAGGACAGUUUAUAUCUACAACAUCAGCAUUGAAAACUACACCUGAAAAAUCUGAAAAGACAGAAGUAACAACACGUAUCAAACAAUUUACAUCAACUUCCGGAAUAGAAUUAAAAACAACCUCCGCACGUAUAUCCCAGCCAACUGUUAAAUCUACACCAGCUGAGACAAUGUUUAAAUCAACGAUCAAGCAAACAAUCUCACCUGUAAUUACAACAAGCCAUGCAGAGAAAACUACUUCUGAAAAACAUUUACAGACUUCUACCACAAAAGAGGUCAAAACAAGUUUCACACGAAGCACUUCUCCACAGAUCACCAUAACACCUAAACUGACGUCAGUGUAUACUGAAACAACUAAGCAUGGACAGUCUAUAUCUACAACACCCACACUGAAAACAACUAUCAUUACACGUACUACACCUGAAAAAACUGAAAAGACAGAAGUAACAACACGUAUCAAACAAUUUACAUCAACUUCCGGAAUAGAAUUAAAAACAACCUCUGCACAUAUAUCCCAGCCUACUGUUAAAUCUACACCAGCUGAGACAAUGAUUAAAUCAACAGUUAAGCAAACAGUCUCACCUGUAAUGACAACAAGCCAUGCAGAGAAAACUACUUCUGAAAAACAUUUAGAGACUUCUACCACAAAAGAGGUCAAAACAAGUUUCACAAGAAGCACUUCUCCACAGAUCACCAUAACACCUAAACUGAUGUCAGUGGAUACUGAAACAACUAAGCAUGGACAGUUUGUAUCUACAACGCCAGCACUGAAAACGACUAUCAUUAUGCAUACUACAUCUGAAAAAACUAAAAAGACAGAAGUAACAACACCAACCAAACCAUUUACAUCAACUUCUGGAAUGGAAUUAAAAACAACGUCCGCACAUAUAUCCCAGCCAACUGUUAAAUCUACACCAGCUGAGACAAUGUUUAAAUCAACGAUCAAGCAAACAAUCUCACCUGUAAUUACAACAAGCCAUGCAGAGAAAACUACUUCUGAAAAACAUUUACAGACUUCUACCACAAAAGAGGUCAAAACAAGUUUCACACGAAGCACUUCUCCACAGAUCACCUUAACACCUAAACUGACGUCAGCAUAUACUGAAACAACUAAGCAUGGACAGUUUGUAUCUACAACAACAACACUGAAAACAACUAUCAUUACACGUACUACACCUGAAACAACUGAAAAGCCAGAAUUAACAACACCUAUCAAGCCAUUUACAUCAACUUCUGGAAUGGAAUUAAAAACAACCUCCACACAUAUAUCCCAGCCUACUGUUAAAUCUACACCAGCUGAGACAAUGUUUAAAUCAACAGUCAAGCAAACAGUCUCACCUAUAAUUACAACAAGCCAUGCAGAGAAAACUACUUCUGAAAAACAUUUACAGACUUCUACUACAAAAGAGGUCAAAACAAGUUUCACACGAAGCACAUCUCCACAGAUCACCAUAACACCUAAACUGACUUCAAUGUAUACUGAAACAACUAAGCAAGGACAGUUUAUAUCUACAACACCAGCAUUGAAAACUACACCUGAAAAAUCUGAAAAGACAGAAGUAACAACACGUAUCAAACAAUUUACAUCAACUUCCGGAAUAGAAUUAAAAACAACCUCCGCACGUAUAUCCCAGCCAACUGUUAAAUCUACACCAGCUGAGACAAUGUUUAAAUCAACGAUCAAGCAAACAAUCUCACCUGUAAUUACAACAAGCCAUACAGAGAAAACUACUUCUGAAAAACAUUUACAGACUUCUACCACAAAAGAGGUCAAAACAAGUUUCACACGAAGCACUUCUCCACAGAUCACCAUAACACCUAAACUGACGUCAGUGUAUACUGAAACAACUAAGCAUGGACAGUCUAUAUCUACAACACCCACACUGAAAACAACUAUCAUUACACGUACUACACCUGAAAAAACUGAAAAGUCAGAAGUAACAACACGUAUCAAACCAUUUACAUCAACUUCUGGAAUGGAAUUAAAAACAACGUCCGCACAUAUAUCCCAGCCAACUGUUAAAUCUACACCAGCUGAGACAAUGUUUAAAUCAACGAUCAAGCAAACAAUCUCACCUGUAAUUACAACAAGCCAUGCAGAGAAAACUACUUCUGAAAAACAUUUACAGACUUCUACCACAAAAGAGGUCAAAACAAGUUUCACACGAAGCACUUCUCCACAGAUCACCUUAACACCUAAACUGACGUCAGCAUAUACUGAAACAACUAAGCAUGGACAGUUUGUAUCUACAACAACAACACUGAAAACAACUAUCAUUACACGUACUACACCUGAAAAAACUGAAAAGCCAGAAGUAACAACACCUAUCAAGCCAUUUACAUCAACUUCUGGAAUGGAAUUAAAAACAACCUCCACACAUAUAUCCCAGCCUACUGUUAAAUCUACACCAGCUGAGACAAUGUUUAAAUCAACAGUCAAGCAAACAGUCUCACCUAUAAUUACAACAAGCCAUGCAGAGAAAACUACUUCUGAAAAACAUUUAGAGACUUCUACCACAAAAGAGGUCAAAACAAGUUUCACAAGAAGCAUUUCUCCACAGAUCACCAUAACACCUAAACUGAUGUCAGUGUAUACUGAAACAACUAAGCAUGGACAGUUUGUAUCUACAACGCCAGCACUGAAAACGACUAUCAUUAUGCCUACUACAUCUGAAAAAACUAAAAAGACAGAAGUAACAACAUCAAUCAAGCCAUUUACAUCGACUUCUGGAAUGGAAUUAAAAACAACGUCCGCACAUAUAUCCCAGCCAACUGUUAAAUCUACACCAGCUGAGACAAUGUUUAAAUCAACGAUCAAGCAAACAACCUCACCUGUAAUUAUAACAAGCCAUGCAGAGAAAACUACUUCUGAAAAACAUUUAGAGACUUCUACCACAAAAGAGGUCAAAACAAGUUUCACACGAAGCACUUCUCCACAGAUCACGAUAACACCUAAACUGACAUCAGCAUAUACUGAAACAACUAAGCAUGGACAGUUUGUAUCUACAACAACAGCACUGAAAACAACUAUCAUUACAUAUACUACACCUGAAAAAACUGAAAAGACAGAAGUAACAACACGUAUCAAACAAUUUACAUCAACGUCUGGAAUGGAAUUAAAAACAACCUCCGCACGUAUAUCCCAGCCAACUGUGAAACCUACACCAGCUGAGACAAUGUUUAAAUCAACGGUCAAGCAAACAGUCUCACCUGUAUUUACAACUAGCCAUGUGGAGAAAACUACUUCUGAAAAAUAUUUAGAGACUUCUACCACAAAAGAGGUCAAAACAGGUUUCACACGAAGCACUUCUCCGCAGAUCACCAUAACACAUAAAUUGACGUCAGCAUAUACUGAAACAACUAAGCAUGGACAGGUCGUAUCUACAACACCAGCACUGAAAACGACUACCAUUAUACGUACUACACCUGAAAAAACUGAAAAGACAGAAGAAACAACACGUAUCAAACAAUUUACAUCAACGUCCGGAAUGGAAUUAAAAACAACCUCCGCACGUAGAUCUCAACCUACUGUUAAAUCUACCCCAGCUGAGACAAUGUUUAAAUCUACAGUCAAGCAAACAGUCUCACCUAUAAUGACAACAAGCCAUGCAGAGAAAACUACUUCUGAAAAACAUUUAGAGACUUCUACCACAAGAGAAGUCAAAACAAGUUUCACACGAAGCACUUCUCCACAAAUCACCAUUACACCUAAACUGACGUCAGUGUAUAGUGAAACAACUAAGCAUGGACAGUUUAUAUCUACAACACCAGCACUGAAAACGACUAUCGUUACACGUACUACACCUGAAAAAACUGAAAAGACAGAAGUAACAACACCUAUCAAGCCAUUUACAUCAACUUCUGGAAUGGAAUUAAAAACAACCUCCACACAUAUAUCCCAGCCUACUGUUAAAUCUACACCAGCUGAGACAAUGUUUAAAUCAACCAUCAAGCAAACAGUCUCACCUAUAAUUACAACAAGUCAUGCAGAAAAAACUACUUCUGAAAAACAUUUAGAGGCUUCUACCACAAAAGAGGUCAAAACAAGUUUCACACGAAGCACUUCUCCACAGAUCACCAUAACACCUAAACUGACGUCAGUGUAUUCUGAAACAACUAAGCAUGGACAGUUUAUAUCUACAACACCAGCACUGAAAACGACUAUCAUUAUACAUACUACACCUGAAAAAACUGAAAAGACAGAAGUAACAACGCGUAUCAAACAAUUUACAUCAACUUCCGGAAUGGAAUUAAAAACAACCUCUGCACGUUUAUCCCAGCCAACUGUGAAAUCUACACCAGCUGAGACAAUGUUUAAAUCAACGGUCAAGCAAACAGUCUCACCUGCAAUUACAACAAGCCAUGCAGAAAAAACUACUUCUGAAAAACAUUUAGAGACUUCUACCACAAAAGAGGUCAAAACAAGUUUCACACGAAGCACUUCUCCACAGAUCACCAUUACAACUAAACUGACGUCAGUGUAUAGUGAAACAACUAAGCAUGGACAGUUUAUAUCUACAACACCAGCAGUGAAAACGACUAUCAUUACACGUACUACACCUGAAAAAACUGAAAAGACAGCAGUAACAACACCUAUCAAGCCAUUUACAUCAACUUCUGGAAUGGAACUAAAAACAACCUCCACACAUAUAUCCCAGCCAACUGUGAAAUCUACACCAGCUGAGACAAUGUUUAAAUCAACGGUCAAGCAAACAGUCUCACCUGCAAUUACAACAAGCCAUGCAGAAAAAACUACUUCUGAAAAACAUUUAGAGACUUCUACCACAAAAGAGGUCAAAACAAGUUUCACACAAAGCACUUCUCCACAGAUCACCAUAACACCUAAACUGACGUCUCUGUAUACUGAAACAACUAAGCAUGAACAGUUUAUCUCUACAACAACAGCACUGAAAACAACUAUCUUUACACGUACUACACCUGAAAAAAAUGAAAAGACAGAAGUAACAACACCUAUCAAGUCAUUUACAUCAACUACUGGAAUGGAAUUAAAAACAACCUCUGCACAUAUAUCCCAGCCUACUGUUAAAUCUACUCCAGCUGAGACAAUGUUUAAAUCAACAGUCAAGCAAACAGUCUCACCUAUAAUUACAACAAGCCAUGCAGAGAAAACUACUUCUGAAAAACAUUUAGAGACUUCUACCACAAGAGAGGUCAAAACAAGUUUCACACGAAGCACUUCUCCACAGAUCACCACAACACCUAAACUGACGUCAGUGUAUACUGAAACAACUAAGCAUGGACAAUUUAUAUCUACAACACCAGCACUGAAAACGACUAUCAUUACACAUACUACACCUGAAAAAACUGAAAAGACAGAAGUAACAACACCUAUCAAGCCUUUUACAUCAACUUCUGAAAUGGAAUUAAAAACAACGUCCGCACAUAUAUCUCAGCCUACUGUUAAAUCUACACCAGCUGAGACAAUGUUUAAAUCAACCAUCAAGCAAACAGUCUCACCUGUAGUUACAACAAGCCAUGCAGAGAAAACUACUUCUGAAAAACAUUUAGAGACUUCUACCACAGAAGAGGCUAAAACAGCUUUCACAAGAAGCACAUCUCCACAGAUCACCACAACACCUAAACUAACUUCAGUGUAUACUGAAACAACUAAGCAUGGACAGUUUGUAUCUACAAUGCCAGCACUGAAAACGACUAUCAUUACACAUACUACACCUGAAAAAACUGAAAAGACAGAAGUAACAACACCUAUCAAGCCAUUUACAUCAACUUCUGGAAUGGAAUUAAAAACAACCUCUACACAUAUGUCCCAACCUACUGUUAAAUCUACACCAGCUGAGACAAUGUUUAAAUCAACAGUCAAGCAAACAGUCUCACCUAUAAUUACAACAAGCCAUGCAGAGAAAACUACUUCUGAAAAACAUUUAGAGACUUCUACCACAAAAGAGGUCAAAACAAGUUUCACAGGAAUCACUUAUCCACAGAUCACCACAACACCUAAACUGACGUCAGUGUAUAGUGAAACAACUAAGCAUGGACAGUUUAUAUCUACAACACCAGCAGUGAAAACGACUAUCAUUACACGUACUACACCUGAAAAAACUGAAAAGACAGAAGUAACAACACCUAUCAAGCCAUUUACAUCAACUUCUGGAAUGGAACUAAAAACAACCUCCACACAUAUAUCCCAGCCAACUGUGAAAUCUACACCAGCUGAGACAAUGUUUAAAUCAACGGUCAAGCAAACAGUCUCACCUGCAAUUACAACAAGCCAUGCAGAAAAAACUACUUCUGAAAAACAUUUAGAGACUUCUACCACAAAAGAGGUCAAAACAAGUUUCACACAAAGCACUUCUCCACAGAUCACCAUAACGCCUAAACUGACGUCUCUGUAUACUGAAACAACUAAGCAUGAACAGUUUAUCUCUACAACAACAGCACUGAAAACGACUAUCUUUACACGUACUACACCUGAAAAAAAUGAAAAGACAGAAGUAACAACACCUAUCAAGUCAUUUACAUCAACUACUGGAAUGGAAUUAAAAUCAACCUCUGCACAUAUAUCCCAGCCUACUGUUAAAUCUACUCCAGCUGAGACAAUGUUUAAAUCAACAGUCAGGCAAACAGUCUCACCUAUAAUUACAACAAGCCAUGCAGAGAAAACUACUUCUGAAAAACAUUUAGAGACUUCUACCACAAGAGAGGUCAAAACAAGUUUCACACGAAGCACUUCUCCACAGAUCACCACAACACCUAAACUGACGUCAGUGUAUACUGAAACAACUAAGCAUGGACAAUUUAUAUCUACAACACCAGCACUGAAAACGACUAUCAUUACACAUACUACACCUGAAAAAACUGAAAAGACAGAAGUAACAACACCUAUCAAGCCUUUUACAUCAACUUCUGAAAUGGAAUUAAAAACAACGUCCGCACAUAUAUCUCAGCCUACUGUUAAAUCUACACCAGCUGAGACAAUGUUUAAAUCAACCAUCAAGCAAACAGUCUCACCUGUAGUUACAACAAGCCAUGCAGAGAAAACUACUUCUGAAAAACAUUUAGAGACUUCUACCACAAGAGAGGUCAAAACAAGUUUCACACGAAGCACUUCUCCACAGAUCACCACAACACCUAAACUGACGUCAGUGUAUACUGAAACAACUAAGCAUGGACAAUUUAUAUCUACAACACCAGCACUGAAAACGACUAUCAUUACACAUACUACACCUGAAAAAACUGAAAAGACAGAAGUAACAACACCUAUCAAGCCUUUUACAUCAACUUCUGAAAUGGAAUUAAAAACAACGUCCGCACAUAUAUCUCAGCCUACUGUUAAAUCUACACCAGCUGAGACAAUGUUUAAAUCAACCAUCAAGCAAACAGUCUCACCUGUAGUUACAACAAGCCAUGCAGAGAAAACUACUUCUGAAAAACAUUUAGAUACUUCUACCACAGAAGAGGCUAAAACAAGUUUCACAAGAAGCACAUCUCCACAGAUCACCACAACACCUAAACUAACUUCAGUGUAUACUGAAACAACUAAGCAUGGACAGUUUGUAUCUACAAUGCCAGCACUGAAAACGACUAUCAUUACACGUACUACACCUGAAAAAACUGAAAAGACAGAAGUAACAACACCUAUCAAGCCAUUUACAUCAACUUCUAUAAUGGAAUUAAAAACAACCUCCACACAUAUGUCCCAACCUACUGUUAAAUCUACACCAGCUGAGACAAUGUUUAAAUCAACAGUCAAGCAAACAGUCUCACCUAUAAUUACAACAAGCCAUGCAGAGAAAACUACUUCUGAAAAACAUUUAGAGACUUCUACCACAAAAGAGGUCAAAACAAGUUUCACACGAAGCACUUAUCCACAGAUCACCACAACACCUAAACUGACGUCAGUGUAUACUGAAACAACUAAGCAUGGACAAUUUAUAUCUACAACACCAGCACUGAAAACGACUAUCAUUACACGUACUACACCUGAAAAAACUGAAAAGACAGAAGUAACAACACCUAUCAAGCCUUUUACAUCAAUUUCUGAAAUGGAAUUAAAAACAACGUCCGCACAUAUAUCCCUUCCUACUGUUAAAUCUACACCAGCUGAGACAAUGUUUAAAUCAACCGUCAAGCAAACAGUCUCACCUGUACUUACAACAAGCCAUGCAGAGAAAACUACUUCUGAAAAACAUUUAGAGGCUUCUACCACAAAAGAGGCUAAAACAAGUUUCACAAGAAGCACAUCUCCACAGAUCACCACAACACCUAAACUAACUUCAGUGUAUACUGAAACAACUAAGCAUGGACAGUUUGUAUCUACAACGCCAGCACUGAAAACGACUAUCAUUGCACGUACUACACCUGAAAAAACUGAAAAGACAGAAGUAACAACACCUAUCAAGCCAUUUACAUCAACUUCUGGAAUGGAACUAAAAACAACCUCCACACAUAUAUCCCAGCCUACUGUUAAAUCUACACCAGCUGAGACAAUGUUUAAAUCAACAGUCAAGCAAACAGUCUCACCUAUAAUUACAACAAGCCAUGCAGAGAAAACUACUUCUGAAAAAUAUUUAGAGACUUCUACCACAAAAGAGGUCAAAACAGGUUUCACACGAAGCACUUCUCCACAGAUCACCAUAACAACUAAACUGACUUCAAUGUAUACUGAAAUAACUAAGCAUGAACCGUUUACAUCUACAAGACCAGCAUUGAAAACAACUAUCAUUAUACCUACUACAUCUGAAAAAACUGAAAAGACUGAAGUAACCAUACCUAUCAAGCCAUUUACAUCAACUUCUGGAAUGGAAUUAAAAACAACCUCCGCACGUAUAUCCCAGCCUACUGUUAAAUCUACACCAACUGAGACAAUGUUUAAAUCAACGGUCAAGCAAACAGUCUCACCUAUAAUUACAACAAGCCAUGCAGAGAAAACUACUUCUGAAAAACAUUUAGAGACUUCUACCACAAAAGAGGUCAAAACAAGUUUCACACGAAGCACUUCUCCACAGUUCACCAUAACACCUAAACUGACUUUAAUGUAUACUGGAACAACUGAGCAUAAACCAUUUAUAUCUACAAGACCACCAUUCAAAACGACUAUCAUUAUACGUACUACAUCUGAAAAAACUGAAAAGACAGAAGUAACCACACCUAUCAAGCUAUUUACAUCAUCUUCUGGAAUGGAAUUAAAAACAACCUCUGGACGCAUAUCCCAGCUUACUGUUAAAUCUACACCAGCUGAGACAAUGUUUAAAUCAACGGUCAAGCAAACAGUCUCACCUGUAAUUACAACAAGCCAUGCAGAGAAAACUACUUCUGAAAAACAUUUAGAGACUUCUACCACAAAAGAGGUCAAAACAAGUUCCACACAAAGCACAUCUCCACAGAUCACCACAACACCUAAACUGAUGUCAGUGUAUACUGAAACAACUAAGCAUGGACAAUUUGUAUCUACAACACCAGCAUUGAAAACGACUAUCAUUACACGUACUACACCUGAAAAAACUGAAAAUAUAGAAGUAACAACACCUAUCAAACAAUUUACAUCAACUUCCGGAAUGGAAUUAAAAACAACCUCCGCACGUGUAUCCCAGCCUACUUUUAAAUCUACACCAGCUGAGACAAUGUUUAAAUCAACGGUCAAGCAAACAAUCUCACCUGUAAUUACAACAAGACAUGCAGAGAAAACUACUUCUGAAAAACAUUUAGAGACUUCUACCACAAAAGAGGUCAAAACAAGUUCUGCCAGGUCAACUUCAAAAUUAUCUCAAAGGACAUCAGCUGGUAACACUGCAUCUGGUGAAGAGACUUCAUCAGUUGAAGUGACAAAGGUGAAAUCUACUCCUCAUGAGGCAUCUAGACUAACAAGUAACUUGUUUACUAUUCCUAAAAGUACCUCAAUCACAGCUCCAACUGCAACACAUCCUUCAGAAUCGACACUUCAUCAUUCCAUUUCUGCAUUACCGGCAACCACAACAGUAAUAGGACAUACACACCUGCCUGAACUGACCUCAACAUUAAUCCGUCAAACCUCUAAACCACGAGAAACUUUCCUAACUACAAAAUGCGUCUGCAGUAUUAAUGGAGUAAUUGUGCCUCCAGGUGAAAUAUUCUAUAACACUACAGACAAUGCAGGCUGGUGUUUUUAUGCAUGGUGUAAUGCGGAAUGUACUCUUGAGAGGCAUAGUGAUGUUUGUCAGAAAAGUACAAUGUCUAUUCCUACAGUAGCAUCACGUACACCAUCAAGAGAGACUGAACAUAGUACAGUAAGCAGUAAAGUAACGCCGUCUGAAAAAACAAGGACUGCUUCAACAGCUGAGCAAAAUAUAUCAAAGACCUCAUCUGCAUUAUCACUGCUUACGACUUCAACACAGAAGGAAUCGACGGUGAAGCAGGCCUCAUCAUCGACCCAUGAGGCAUCAACCCCAAGAGCAUUUACAGCUUCAACGCUGGAAGGAAGUGGUACAGCUGGUACAAAAGAGACCACAUCUGCAAAGACAAGGACUGCUUCCACUAUUCAGAAUGUCACACCGAAGACAGAGUCAGCAACUAGCCAAGUAACAUCAGUGGCGUCAACAAAGAAAGAAAAUGUUACAGCUGCUACAAAAAUAACUACACUAGCAAAAACAUCAACUGCUUCCACAUCAGAGCAGCAUACAUCUAUGAUUCAAACUGCAAUAUCAGUCAUAUCACACCCAACAACGAAGGGAUAUGAUACAACUCCUACAAAAGUAACAAUCUCAGCAAACACAGGAAGUGCUUUGACAAUUCAUAAAGCAACAUCUGAAACUCUGUCAGCAACGCAUACAACUUUUAUAAGUUAUGAAAAUGGAACUACUGGCAUGAAACCAGUGACAUCGCAGAAUACAAGGACUGCCACAAUGACCCAGAAAAGUACAGGAGAAUACCAGCCAUCAUCAAACACAAGGACCUUUUCAACACUUGAGCAAAAUACAUCCAAGACCCAACCGGUAACUAUAAAGUCAACUACACUUACAUCAUUAACAAAUAUGGAAAGUAAAACAGCUGCUACAGAAAGAACGAUGUCUGCAAAUUCAGGAAUUGUUUCAACAACUGAGCAUAACACAUACAUCUCUCAUACCACUUCAAGAACUGCAUUAACAAACCAUACUGCUUCUACACAAACAUCAAAAACUGAACCUUCAACAACCAGGUUAACUAAACCUACACUGACAGCAAGAACAGAAAAUGAUACACAAAGUACUAAAGUAACCAUAUCUGAGAACACAAGAAUUGCCUCAACAGUGGGAAAAACUACACCCAUCUCUCAAACAUCUGCAUAUACAAAAACAGCAAUAACACAUGAGCAAGCCACAUCUAAGGCUGAAACAAAAUCUACAAAGAUAACAUUGCUUACAUCUUCAGUGCAGAUGAAAAGUGAAAUAACCUCUACUAAAGUAACUAGAUUACCAGGCACAGAAAGUGCUUUGACAACAAAGCAAAAUACAGCCAUGUCUUACCCACCACUAGGCACUGGAACUGCAUCAACAGCUAAGCUUACAUCAUCAAGAAUUAAUAAGACAACAACCUUAAUGCCAGUAACAGCUUCAACAAAGGUGGAACAGGGAACAAAAGAAACCAUAUCUGCUAAUACAAGAACUGCUUCAACAAGUCAACAUACCACAAUGAAUACGCAGUUGACAUCUAGCCAAGUAACAUCCCUGUCUUCGACAACGAAAGAAAAUGUUUCAGCUGCUACAAAAGUAACUGCAUUAACAAAACUAACAAGUGAGUCAAUAUCUGAGCUACACACUAAGAUUCAAACUGUGACAUCCUUAACAGCACACUCAGCAAAGGAGGAAUAUGACACAAAUGCUACUACGGUAACCAGGUCUUCAAACAGUCAAACUGCUUCUAUGACUGAAAAACAUACAGCCACAUCUCACCCAUCUCUAGGUACAGGAAUUGCUUCGACAUUCAAGCAAAUCACAUCCGGCAAUGGAAGACCAUCAACAAUGUUUAAUACAGCUGUGCAGAGUGCCGCAACUGUUACAAAGAUAUCUGGUACGUCAAAACCAGAGACUGGAUCAACAAUGAGACAAAACACAGCCAUGUCUCAGCCAUCUGCAAGCACAAGAACUGUUUCAACUGCCGAGCAGAAAACAUCCAAGACAUAUUCAGGAACAACAUUAACAACCCUUAAGUCUUCUACAAGUAUUAAGAAUUUUACAACUGCUACAAAACUAACCAUGUCUGCAAACACAAGAACUAUCUCAACAACACAGCAAAAGACAUUUAUGUCUAAGCCACCUACAAGCACAAAAAUGAUUUCAACUCUUAAACAGACAACCUCCAAGACACAGACACAAGCAACAAAGUUUACUACACCUUCCUCUGCAACAAGAUCUGUGAAGGUUACUAGUGCUACAAAAGUAACCAGCAGUAAGCAGACAACCUCCAAGACACAGACAAAAGCAACAAAGCUAACUACACUUUCCUCUGCAACAAGAUCUGGGAAGGUUACUAGUGCUACAAAAGUAACCAGCAGUAAGCAGACAACCUCCAAGACACAGACAAAAGCAACAAAGCUAACUACACUUUCCUCUGCAACAAGAUCUGGGAAGGUUACUAGUGCUACAAAAGUAACCAGCAGUAAGCAGACAACCUCCAAGACACAGACAAAAGCAACAAAGCUAACUACACUUUCCUCUGCAACAAGAUCUGGGAAGGUUACUAGUGCUACAAAAGUAACCAGCAGUAAGCAGACAACCUCCAAGACACAGACAAAAGCAACAAAGCUAACUACACUUUCCUCUGCAACAAGAUCUGGGAAGGUUACUAGUGCUACAAAAGUAACCAGCAGUAAGCAGACAACCUCCAAGACACAGACAAAAGCAACAAAGCUAACUACACUUUCCUCUGCAACAAGAUCUGUGAAGGUUACUAGUGCUACAAAAGUAACCAGCAGUAAGCAGACAACCUCCAAGACACAGACAAAAGCAACAAAGCUAACUACACUUUCCUCUGCAACAAGAUCUGAGAAGGUUACUAGUGCUACAAAAGUUACCAGCAGUAAGCAGACAACCUCCAAUACACAGACAAAAGCAACAAAGCUAACCACACUUUCCUCUGCAACAAGAUCUGGGAAGGUUACUAGUGCUACAAAAGUAACCAGCAGUAAGCAGACAACCUCCAAGACACAGACAAAAGCAACAAAGCUAACUACACUUUCCUCUGCAACAAGAUCUGUGCAGGUUACUAGUGCUACAAAAGUAACUAGGCCUGGAAGCACAAAGACUGUCUCAACAACCAAGCAACAAAUAAGCCAGUCUCAACCAUCUAAAAACACAGGAUAUGUUACAAGUAUUGAGCAAAAAACUCGGCCAGCAUCAACGAAGAUAUCUCCUAUUACAUCAUCAAAGAUGCAAAGUGGUACAACAUUUACAACAGUAACCAUGUCUGCAAAGACAAGAACUGCCUCAACGUCUGAACAAAAUACAUCAAAGUAUCAAACAUCUACAUAUACAAGAUCUCCUUCAACAGGUCAGCAAAAGACAUCCAAAAGUCAACAAACAACAAAGGAGCUAAUUACAUUCACAUCUUCAACAAAGAUAAACAAUGAUACGACAGUUACAAAAUUAACUAUGUCUGCAAACAUAAGAACUGCUUCAACACCAGAAGAAAACACAUACAAGACUGAAAAGGUAACAACAAUGAAAUUAACUACAUUUACAUCUUCAACAAAGGUGCACAAUGGUACAGGUUCUACGACUAUAACCAUGUCAACACCCAAAACAGAACCACCAGCAACUAUGAAGACAGUUACAUUCACACCGUUAACAAAGAUAGAAAAUCGUACCUUUACUACAAAAAUAACAGUAGCAGCAAAUACAGGAACUACAGCAAAUGAGCAGAAUACAUCUAAGUCUGAACUAUCAACAAAAGCAAGAACGGCACUAACGACCGAAGAAAACUCAUCCAAGACUAUGAAAGCUAUAACAAUAUACACCACUUUCUCAACAAAGCAAGGAAAUGGUACAAGUGCUACAAAAGUAACAGUGUCAGCAACUACGAAAACUGCCUCAACAACAAAGCAAGAAACAUUCAAGACUCAGCCUGCAACAACCCUGUUCAUUCCAACAAGCACUCCAAUAACCAGCUGUGGUGGAUUUGUGCCACCUAAAAUGUUGAAUGAAACAUGGAUGCUAGAUAACUGCACAAAAGCAACCUGCCUGGGAGGAAAAAAUAUUCGGGUGGAACACAUACAGUGCCCUGAUGUAUUACCAGUCACCUGCACUAAUGGCCGUAAACCUAUAAAAGUUUAUGAUAAAGCUGGUUGCUGCUACAGGCAUCAAUGUGAAUGUGUCUGUGGAGGAUGGGGAAAUUCCCACUACACCACCUUUGAUGGAACAUAUUACUCAUUCAAGGGAAACUGUACAUACGUCCUAGUUCAGCAAUUUAUACAGUCUUAUGGCAACUUCCGAAUCCACAUCGAUAAUGCUGACUGUGAUGAAACUCACAAGACUUCCUGCAUGAAAUCUCUUCUAAUUUAUUACAAUUCAACAGAAGUGAUGCUAACAAAAGAAACAAUCGGUGGAAUUGAUAGAGCUGUGGUAUACUUCAAUCAGAAAAGGAUCAUCCCUGAACUGAACAAAGAUGGCUUCACCAUAUCCAGUUCUGGAAUUUAUAUUUUUGUCCAAAUACUUGAAAUAGAUGCAUAUAUCUCAUUUACUACAUCAAGUUUCAGUAUAAAUCUCUCAUAUGACACAUUUGAAUAUCAGUCAGAAGGACUGUGUGGUAACUGCAAUAACUAUAGAGGAGAUGAUUGUCAAUUACCAAAGGGCAAAAUGGCAAAAAGUUGUCAAGACAUGCCAAGUUAUUGGACUGUCACAGAUAUUCAUAAGGCCUAUUGUCUACCUUCAACACCCGCACCAACAUACUCAACUGUGACACAGCUGGUAACAAAAACAAAACCAGCAACCAGCAUUUCAGUGAUACCAAGAACAACUCCAAAACCAGCAACUUACUAUUCAUCUAUAAUGUCACUAUUUACUGGAACUAGUAAGGUUAUGUCUUCAGGCUUUCCAACCUACACUCCACUUUCUAUGUCUCAAACUUCGGUAUUGCCAACAGCCACAAUAACAACAACCACAUUUACUGGAACUAGUAAGGGUAUGUCUUCAGGCUUUCCAACCUACACUCCACUUUCUAUGUCUCAAACUUCGGUAUCGCCAACAGCCACAGUGGCAGUGACCACAGUGAAGAACGAACCACCAUGCAUUCCUCCACCUCUCUGUGAAGUUAUAUUAAGCAGUAUGCCUGGAAAGGGGAAGAAAACAAAUCUUGUAGAAGGGUGUUACUGCACAAAUGGAACAAUCCUUUUCAACUCAUUUGCUGAUACCUGUGUCACCUCUUGUGGCUGCACAGGACCUGAUGGAAUGCCAAAGCAGCCUGGUGAGACCUGGAACAGUAAUUGCAAUAAAUGCGUAUGUGAUGCAGACACCAUGACGGUGCAGUGCAAAGCCCUUAUCUGUCCAGUACCUGCGAGUCCAUUAUGUUCUGGAGAGGGAUUCGUGCUAACAUCUGUGCAUGAUCCAAACAAUACCUGUUGUGAGAUGACUGAAUGCAGGUGCAAUGUAAGUCUUUGCUCAAAUACCAACAAAACCUGCAGUCCAGGAUUUGAACCUAUAGCAAGUAUCCCUAAAGGAGCCUGCUGUCCUGUAUAUGAAUGCAACAUUCUUGUUUCAUCAAAAGAAUACGUAAUAGUAAUUGUCAAUAAACACAAACUCACACAACCUGGGGCAGAAGUUCUUAAAGGCACAUGUGAGAAGUGUAACUGUAGCACCACUAUGAAUAAUGACACUGGACUAAAUAUCAUUGAAUGCGUGCCUGUGAAGUGUGACACCAACUGUCAAGAUGGCUUUGAAUAUUCUGAUGUGCCAGGACAGUGUUGUGGAAAAUGUGUACAGACACAGUGUGUUAUGCUCCAACCUGAUAAUUCCACCAAAAUACUCAAGGUUGGUGAGACUUGGUCACCUCCUGAUGACAACUGUACCAGCUAUGAAUGUAUAAGAAUUGGACAGCAGUAUGUGCCUUUGGCAAAGAAAAUGACCUGCCCUACAUUUAACCGUGAUGACUGCAUCCCUGGAACGGAAAAACUGGAUAAAGAUGGAUGUUGCUACACCUGUACUGCAAAAUCAACACCAUGUGAAAUAUACACAAACACAACUUACAUUACUUACCAAGACUGUCAGUCUCAAACUGCUGUGGAAAUAACAUCAUGCCAAGGAUCCUGCCCUUCAUCUUCAGAGUAA